AUAAAAUAAGAAAGAAAUGCAUACCGUUGGAGAGAAUAAUGAAUAUGUAAUCAAUACAAAUAGCGUGGUCGGAAAGGGUAAUUACGGCAUUGUAUAUGGUUGCUACUGUAAAAAUAAUAGCUAAGUCUAAUUAUGUGCCAAAGUAUAUAUUCAUAUUAUUAUAAGAUCACUUAAAUAUAUAGCGAUAAUAAUUCUAAUAAAGAGUAAUAAGAGAAGAAUAUUCGCAGGGAAAAAUAAAUAACAGAAAUUGUUUAAAGAAAUAAAGAUAAUCAAAAUCUGGUCUAAGUUUAAUAUGUAAAAUAUGAUAAAGACACCUCAAAACUUAUUGUGAUAAUGGAAAAAUGUGCAUCUAAUCUUGAUAAGGAAUGGAAAGAGAUAAAUGUUUACUAAGAAGCUAUGGUUAUAGAUUUUCUAAGCUAAUUCUUAAAUGGUUAUAAAGCUUUGUACGAAUCAAAUGUGAUUCACAGAGAUAUUAAACCAGAAAACAUUCUAAUCUAAAAUAUUGAUGGUUAAAAGUUCUAUAGAUUGGCUGACUUUGGAAUUGGAAGAAUUUGCAAAAUAAAUGACUUUAAAUUAACAAAAGCAGGAACACCAUUUUAUGCAUCACCAGAAUUAAAUUCGUUGAUUUAAGAUUCUGAGUUAGAUAAUAAAUUUGGACUAAUGAAAUAAGACAAAUAGAAAAGUGUUUCUGAUGUUUAUUCUGUAUUUAUCUAAUUUUUAUUUAGCUUGGUAUACUAUUACAUUAAUUGGUGAUGGGAGGUUAUCCAUGUGAAACAACUCCAACAGGAAUUAGAUAAUUUAUGAACAAGAUUAAAGUUGAUAAAUUUAAACUGAAUGCAAGAAUUAAUCCAAAAUUAGCAGAUCUCAUUGAAAGAAUGAUUGUUUAUAAUCCAUAAGAAAGAAUGACAUUUGAUACUCUAUAUGAAGAGUGUAAUAGAUUUACAAUGAUGAGAUUGCCAGUUGCCAGGCCAGUUUUUAAACCAAUAAUGACCAAUCCAAAUAGUGCAAUAAAUCCUUAACCUUUUUUACCAAAACCUCCACAAAUAAAUAGUUAAUAAAUUCUACCUAAUUAAAUUUUAUUUGUAAAUCAACCUUCUGGUUAAGGCAUAAUUACAAUUCAACCUUCUAGUUAAGGCAUAAUUACAAAUCAACCUUCUGGUUUAGGCAUAAUUACAAAUCAACCUUCUGGUUAAGGCUUAAUUACAAAUCAACCUCCUGGUUAAGGCAUAAUUACACCUCAACUACUUCUUAAUACAAAAGAAGAAAUCUGCAAUUAUCUAAAAAAGAUUUUGUAAAUAUUUUAUCUAUUCAAGAAAAAUCCAUAAAAACACUUUAAGUCCUUAAUCCAUAAAGUGCUUUGAGGACUUUAUUUUAGAAAGGACUCCAUUAAGUGAAAUCGGAAAUUUAUAUAAUAAUUUUGACAAAACCUUAACUUAUACCCCAGAGGAGAUGUAAUUUUAUUACUGCUUAAAAUAUGGGAUGUUGGGUUAAUAAUAAAUAACUAGAAAGUAAUAUGAAGAUCAAAAAAGGGAUUUGUCUAAUUGAUAAUGAUUUAUAAAUAAUUAAAAUUUAAACAAUUUAU